AUGCUCGAAAGAAGCCGUCAGCUGCGAGCCGAAGCAUCAUGGCCCCAUCAUCAGCCUCGCUGUUGCUUCUUACAAUGCUACCGUCAUUUCUGCCUCCGAAUCCUUGCCCCAUGUGCUCGAGAUCCCGCUCCCAUCGACCAGAUCACAUCAGCUCUUACUUCAGACAUGACCGACAAAUGUCGAAGCCAGGUCUUCCUCGAUCUCGGCAAGCCUGAGCCGAGGCAGACAAACUCGUCACGUCGUGAAGCUUUGCGUCAAAAGGGCCUGCACCGCGGGAGGCAAACCUUCUGUCACCAAGUCGACUGA